AUGGCCUCCGAUUUCGAGAAACAAAGCUACUGGCACAAGCGCUUCUCGUCCGAAAAAGCCUUCGAAUGGCUUCUUCCGUCGGCCGAUUUCAUGCCGCUCGUCAAGCCCGUUCUCGACCGGCUUGACCCGGCCACGGCCCGCAUCCUCCACAUUGGCUUCGGGACGAGCGACCUGCAGAAUCAUUUCCGGUCACGGGGCUUCCGCGAUGUUCUCAACGUCGACUAUGAACCACUCGCUAUUGAUCGAGGUCGCGAUCUCGAAGAGCAAGCUUUUGGAGACAUCCAAAUGCGAUAUGAUGUGCAGGAUGCUACACAACUAGAUCUGUGCGAGAAGUUUGAUCUUAUCGUUGACAAAAGUACGGUCGAUGCGAUUUCAUGUGGUGGUGAAAUGGCGCUGCGGCGGAUGGCUGCUGGCAUAAAGCGUUGUCUUGCAGAUGGUGGCGUUUGGAUCUCAUUCAGUUAUUCAGCCUACCGAUUUGACCUGGAUGACUUUCCAUUCGACGUUGAGGUCCUUGCCAAAGUCUUGACUCAGAAAACGUUGCCGAAUGAUCCAGAUAUAUACCACUGGUGUUAUCUUCUUCGGCCAAAAGCAGAUACGGCUCCGGGUUCCCCUAUAAGUACGGACGACAACCCUGCGGGAGAAGGCUGA